AUGUGGUUUCGUGCUGUAUCAUCUACCUACUUAAAUUCAUGUUUGAUUUGUUCCAUCACAACAAGCAACGACAGUUUCAGACAGCAUCAUAAAGGUAACAUUAACGUGAGGAAAACAAUAAGCAAAGAGAGUGGUGAGUCUGGUGACGGGACCAAAGAAACAGAGGAAGAAGCAAGAAGAGGAGACACCACCGGAGAAGAGUCAAGCAGAGGAUCAGGAGAGAAGGCAUCUGGAUUUGGUGGACUAAGGCUCGAGGGGAUUGUUGGCAUGGCAGAAGAUUCUGACGGAGAAGGAGACAUUUCGCUUGAGCCUGGAGUAGGGAACAAAGGAGAUAUAUCUGGAGACAUAGCCUCCGGAGGAGAAACUGAGAAACUCGAAGGAGCUUCAGGCAAAAACGAAGGUGCAGCUGAUAUGGUGGAGUGCUGA